AUGAAGUUCACCAACUCUGUUGCCGUGACUUUGGCCACGGCAGGCACCCUAGUGGCCGCCCACGGCCACGGCCACGCCCACUUCCACAAGCGCGCUGUCGAGACUGAGACCGACACUGUCCCCGUCGCCGGUCCCACCGUCUACGACUUCGUUGUCCUCGACCCCAAGCAGACUGGUUCCCCUGAGGCCAUCAGCAAGGACGAGGCCUGCGAGGGUCUUGCUGACCACAAGUACGAGUGGCUCGGCAGCGCCGUCGCCAACGCUUGCCCGACCAGCACUGCUACUCCUACUCCUACUCCCUCGAGCACCAGCACCCCGACCUCCACUGUCACUCCUCAGGUGCUCCUCGAGACCUCCGCUGCUAUCACCCCCAGCACCCCCUCCCCCAGCAGCACUAGCACCGUCGAGCCCACCACCAGCGCUAGCUCCAGCUCCUCGACCUACAGCGCUCCUGCUUCCUCCAGCAGCAGCUCCAGCUCUGGUGCCACUGGCCUCACUGCUGAAUUCCCCGAUGGCGAGCUGGACUGCGGUACCUUCCCCUCCGAGUACGGUGCCGUCCCUCUGGACUACCUCGGCCUUGGUGGCUGGUCUGGUAUCCAGUACGUUACUAUCGUCGAUGAGGUGGUCAGCGCCAUUGUCACUGCCGUCACUGGCGACUCCUGCACCAGCGGCUCCAUGUGCUCUUACGCCUGCCCGCCUGGUUACCAGAAGGCUCACUGGCCCUCCACCCAGGGCUCCACCGGUCAGUCCGUUGGUGGUCUGGAGUGCAAGGACGGCAAGCUGUACCGUACCAACAAGGACCACACCACUCUCUGUAUCGAAGGUACCGGUGGUGUCCACGUCCGCAACGAGAUGAGCGCCGACGUUGCUAUCUGCCGUACCGAUUACCCCGGUACCGAGUCCGAGACCAUUCCCCCUGGCUGCCUCCCCCGGCGCCACCCACCCCCUGACCUGCCCCAACGGUGCCACCUACUUCCACUGGGAGGGCAAGUCUACCUCCGCUCAUGGGGUGAUGGCUCCGAGCCCGUCGGCAACUGGGCCCCCAUGAACUUCGGUGUUGGCUAUUCUAGCGGCGCCACCUGGUUGUCCAUGUUCAAGAACGAGCCCACCACCGAUGCCGACCUGGACUUCAAGGUCAAGCUUGUUGGUGAUGACCUCUCUGACAACUGCCGCUACGACGGCCAGGGUAACUUCUACAACAACGCCGGCAAGAUCACCAGCGGAAACGGCUGCACUGCCGCUUCUUCCUCCGGCAACGCCUACUUCGUUUUCUACGAGUAA